GCCUACAAAGAGGUUCAGUGAGACUGAAUGUUUUUGCAAGCACAUACUGUGAUCUUUUGACUAAUCGCGAAAGUUGUAUACUCAACAACAGUAGUGUAAAUCGUAUUUUUGAUAAUUAGUUAUAAAUUGUUUAAUUCUCAACAACGGCUACAAUGGCAGCGCUGACACACGAAUUCAAGGUGGAAAUGACAUGUACCGGUUGUUCGGGAGCGGUAGAACGAGUACUCGGCAAGUUAAAAGAAAAAGUAGAAAAGGUAGACAUCGACCUCGAUAACAAAAAAGUCUUCGUUACAUCAACACUUUCGUCGGAUGAACUACUGGAAACCAUCAAGAAAACUGGAAAAGAAACUAGUUACGUUGGUGUUAGGGCCUAAUAAUCGGUUAUCACCCGGAUACUCAGGGAUAUUCUCAACAACUUUAUCCUUCUAUUUGUGUUAAUUAAAAACGUUGUUUCAAGUAUUAGUUAAAAUCGUUUCGUUUUAUCUUGCUUCGUGAGUGAACUGCGACAGCUUUU